AACUGUCACUGUCAAUCAGUAUCGCUCAAUUCACGUGAGACUUAGGAUGUUGCAAGUAACAACAAAAUUCUUAAUUUAUCGUUAUUAGUUGAAAAUGUCCACAGUAAUGUGGCCGUGUCCGUGUUUACGAUUUAAACUCUCUCCUGAAGAGCUUGAACAGCGUUACAAGAGUCAUGAGAUAGACAAGAUGCUCGAAAAAGAUAGGCAGACUAUGAAGAGACAAGUAAAGUUGUUACUCUUAGGAUCUGGGGAAAGCGGUAAAUCCACUUUUCUGAAGCAAAUGAGAAUCAUACAUGGGGUGCGUUUCGAACAACGACUCGUAGAGGAAUAUCAACAGAUAAUCUACCAGAACUUGGUGAAGGGCAUGCGAGUUCUGGUGGAUGCCAGAAAUAAGUUGGAUAUACCGUGGAGUGAACCAGCUAAUGUGGAGUUGGGAAAGCGAUUGCUCCAAGCGGAAAACAAUACGUACCUGGACUCACGAACGUUUGGACAGUUCGCGCCUCUUCUUGCCAGAUUGUGGCGGGAUCCAGCUAUCGUCAGAGCAUACGAAAGGCGGAGAGAGUUCCAGUUGAGCGAUUCAGUAGAGUAUUUCCUCAACAACCUUGACAGGAUAUCAAGGCCGGAUUAUGUACCAAACAACAAGGACAUCCUUCACUGCCGCAAGGCAACAAAAGGCAUUACAGAGUUCGUGAUACCCAUCAACAACAUCCCAUUUUUGUUUGUAGAUGUAGGCGGGCAGAGAUCUCAGAGGCAAAAAUGGUUUAGAUGUUUCGAUUCCGUCACUUCUAUAUUAUUUUUGGUAUCUUCCUCGGAAUUCGAUCAGGUGCUAUUAGAAGAUAGAAAAACAAAUAGGUUAGAAGAAUCAAGAGAUAUAUUUGAUACCAUAGUUAAUAACAUUAUAUUCAGUGGAGUAUCCAUCAUCCUAUUUUUGAAUAAGUACGACCUGUUGGUCAAGAAGGUCGCUAAUCCAGAGACUGAUAUACGCUGGUACUUUCCACAAUUCCGUGGCAACUCCCACUCGAUGCGUGACGUCCAGGACUUCAUCUUGAACAUGUUCACAGAGGUAAAACGGGAUCCCAGGAAACCAUUAUAUCACCAUUUCACCACCGCUGUUGAUACAGAAAACAUCAAGGUGGUAUUUAACUCUGUUAAAGAUACCAUCCUACAUAAAAACCUGGAGAUACUAAUGUUGCAGUAAUAGCUGAGAAUGGUAUCAAGCUUGCAUAAAGUAAUUAUACACUAUCGGCUAAAGUAAUAUCUCAUAUUAUUGGAAGUGAAGUAAGGAUGUGCUCUAAAAGAUGGUUUUUAGUAUGCAUGAUUUGGGUGUGUUCUUAUUGAUAGGCUGUGUUAAACACAAUUAAUGUGUUUUAAGUAAAGACUGAGUAAAAUAGUUAUUAUUAUUCUAUAUCCAUUGAAUUAUAUUAAAAAGUACAAAUUCAUUCAUUUUGAGCACUCAUAUUGAAUGCAUAUAUGUAUGUUGAGAGUCCAGUAUAAUGUUGGCAGAAAGGCUAUCUAUAAUCCGUUAAUAAACACUACCAUGUAAAAACUUAUAAAAGGCCCAAUCGGAUUUCAAGACGUAAGUCUUGAAAUCUGUAAAGAUUGGAUUAUUUUGAAAAACUCAACUGGUAGUAGAGGUAACAUUUUUCAAUCUUAGUUGAUGUGGAGUUCUAAUUCACUUGAUCUUAACCGUAUGUUAUCUAUUUUAUAUUUAUCAAAUUCUGACUUGUAACUAAAUCGUGAACAAUAUUACAUUACAUUACAUUAAUAUGAGUGCUAAAACGAAUGUCUGAUUGAUAACUGAAGACAUUGCGAACCAAAGAAUUUAACAUUUUUCUGAAUACAUCUUUUACAAAAUUACAGAAUAGAACAUGAAUCUUUGAUUAUUUCUCCAAGAUUGUUUAACCAAAUGAUAUUUUUAGAAUUGAUCUGACCGAAUAAGUAAUGGAACUAUCGGUUUGAAUAAUAGAAUUAUAACACCAAUCAUUAUUAAAGAUAUUCCCAUUUAUUUAUUUUAUUACUAAAUAUUUUUUGAAAAAGAGCAAUUUUGAAACUAAACCAUCCAUCAUGAUCGUUUCAAAUUUUGUUUUGUGAUUACACUGAAACUGACUAGACUGCCAUAAAAUAAAAAUCUGACAUCAUGGCCUUAUUGCCAGUGAGGUCUUAUGUAGCACUUUAUAGCCGUUUUAUACAAAUAAAUUUCUUCACCGUAACAGGUAGCAAGAGUAUAUGGUCAAAUUUAUUCAAGUCAAGUAACUUUCUAUGAUACCAACCUCGGGGAAAACAAUACCAAAACAUAAUCUAAUCGUCACCAUCAUAUGAAAAGUCCAAAAAAGUAAAUUUUACAGGAGACAAUAAAAACUGUUUUAAACGGUAAUAUUAUUGUUUAACGAUGGUAUUCUUUAAGAUGUUGCAUUAUAAGUUUUAAUCAAACCUAUUAUACAUAAAAAAGAAAACAAUUUUUGACGUUUUGUGACGAAAAUGGACUUGCGCAAAUUUCCCUCGUUAAAUCAACUCGUCGGAUGGAAUUGGGCAAUUUUCAUUUUUUGGUUGUUCAGUAUUAAAUUUAUCUACAGGGUGUUUCAGAACUAAGGGAUCAAACUUCUAGGGGUUAUUCAGUGUAGCAGAAGAAAGCAUUUGAGUAUGGGGACCCAUAUCCGGAAAAGUGUCACUACGGCCCUAAGACGCGUUAAAAUUUAGAACGACGAUGAAUUGCCUAAAUAGGAUUUAACACGUUCACUGCUAACAAAAUUCGAAAGUCGACCCUAGAGGCUGAGAAGGUUUUUUGGAAAAUAAUAAAACUUUAGGCUAAUACUGGCAUGAAAGCAACAUAUAUUACCAAAAAAACAUAACAGCGACGUCAAAAGGGCAAUGACGCCUUUUGGCGUCGUCAGCCUCUAGUUAUAAAAAGUUUGUUAGGGGCUAAUGACGCCAAAAGGCGUUAUGCCAGUUUUUAGUGUAAGAAAACAUGAUUUAUAUUAUACUAUUUAUUCUAAUUCAACACAAAUAAUUUUAAUCAUUUUAUAAAAUACAGAAAAACGAAAACCAAACUAAUUCUAACAAUACUAGAACAACA